CGCGGAAAACGUGUGGGCCUGGAUCCAGUGACUCGACCACCCCCUCCACUCGCCUGCCGCCAUGUCGCCCAGGCGUUUCUGGCCCCCCGACACCGCACCACACCAUCCUCGCCGCCGACGUCACCCGCGCCUGCUGCUGCUACAUCAAUCGCCACCCCUCCACCUCCCGCUCCGCAUCCACCUCCCUCCCUUACCAGACCACCGGCGCCGGCGAUGGCCGCACCCCUCCUCCGCGGCCUCGCGCUCCCGCUGCUGCUGCUCGCCGCGGCCAUCGCGCUCGCGCCCGCGCCCUCCUCCGCCGCCGCCGCGGCCCGGGCGUGCACGUACACGCUGCGGGUGAAGACGUCCUGCGCGUCGCCGGCGCCGCGGUCGGCCGACGCCGUGAGCGUCGCGUUCGGGGACGCGUACCGCAACGAGGCCCACGCGCCGCGGCUCCCCACGUCGGGCGGGCGCGCGCUGGAGCGGUGCGGCACCGACACGUUCCGCGUGCCGGGCCCCUGCGGCUACGGCGUCUGCUACCUCUACCUCCGCCGCGCCGGCCGCGACGGCUGGGCGCCCGAGUGGGCGCAGGUCGUCCAGCCCGGCCCGCGCGCGCCGGCCGCGGCCACCUUCUACUUCGGCGACCCGCUGCCCGACGGCGUCUGGUACGGCCACGACCGGUGCCCCAAGGCCAGGGACGCUGCCGCCGCCGCCGCUGACGAUGAUGAGCGCCGCCCGGCGGCGACCACCGACGGCGGCAACUCCUCGGCUUCGCCUCGGGGAUGAAACCGCCGAUCCAACCGCAACCCUGACCUGCCAGGGAACCAGAGCAUUCUCGACAUCGUCCAUGGAUUGGUGCAUCGGGGUCGCCUAGCUCUGCUUCUUUGUGUGUUCGCAUCAUCUCAAUAAAGCAACCAUUAAUAAAAAUAAUGUUUGCCCCCUGUUUGUGCGUA